AUGUCAGUUGAAAUCGAAUACUUCGGACACCUUUCCUCGACCGACCCUCACCCGCAAUCAUUCAUCAAACCACAACCGUUCACCACCGCUUUCGGCGAAACUAAAGACCCGAUCCUACACAUCGCAGUAGCGCAAGUCUUACCCGAUCAAUCCGGCUUACACUCCAACAACAACGGUGGUGAUCAUGGUCGUUCGGCAGGAUUGGAAAAGUUGGAGAGAUGGGCGAGUGGGGCUGCGAGUAGCGGGGCGGAUGUAGUGGUCUUUCCUGAGUAUUUUCUAAGUGGGGCUACUCGUGAGCUGUGGAGCAAGGUUAGAGAGGCUCAACGAGAGAGGGCGAAUGAUGGUCGAGUGUGCGAGGAGGGUCGAGAGGAAAAAGCAUGGAUACAAGUGAUUAUUUCCGUCGCACAAAAGUUCGAUAUCGACAUUGUUGCUGGCACGGUUGUCGAGUUGGGGACCCAACCCCAUGCCGACCUGCUUUCCAACCAUCCGGUAGGCGGAGGUGCCGGGGAUAAGAUUCCUCAUCGACCACCGCAAAAAGCCAAACCAGACCAAAACAAAGAAACACAAGAUGCUUUGUUCAACACAUCCUACUACAUCUCCCGCCAAGGAAAGGUGUUGCAUCGCUACACAAAACAAAACCUUUGGCAUCCAGAAAGAGAAACCCUCCUCCAUUCCCAGCAACACACCCACCCAGCGCAACAUCACGGCCCCAGCACCUUCCUAAUCCAGACCAAACGCGGCACAAAGCUUCGAGCAGCAAUGGCGAUAUGUUGGGAUCUAGCUUGGUACUCACGCUUCCAUCAGAUGCUUACGCCACCUUAUGAGGAGAGUAGGCCCUCCGAUUUGGAUAAAGAGGGACAGGUCAAGGGACCGGAUGUAAUUUUCGCCCCAACAUGUUGGUAUGCUUCCGAUGGUGGGGCUAAGGCCUUGUUGUGGAAUGGUACGGGAGAGGCGCAGAUGUUGGAUACCUUGUGUCUAGCGAGGGCGGUGGAGCUGGAGGCUUUACUUGUCAUGUGUAAUGUCGCAGGACCCUACAUGACCGAGGAGAAGGUGAGCCAACUGAGGCAAGAGUUGACCAAGCAGAUUGAGAUGGGCAAGGGGGAGCGGGAGAUGGAAACGCCGUUGAUAGGGUUAGGCAGGAGUAGGAUUUGUGCACCCUUUUUGAAUGUUGUUGCCCAAGUCGAGGAUCAGAGGGAAGUGAUGUUAUUGCAAAGUGUGGAUUUGAACUUGUUGAGGCAUGCUAGGGAGAUGUAUCGGAUGCGAUAUGACCAUGCACACAAGUGA